UGUAUUUCCUUGUAUUGACGCUCGGGCGAGCUGCCCAGACGAUCUCUCAAAUCCUAAAGAUGAACCCCUGCUUCUCCCCCAAAGACCUAAAAGACCGCGCUGCCAUAGGAAAACUGAGACGCUCCGUGCAGGAGUGAGCUGGGACAAGCCCUGAAGAAAAGACUGGAAACUGGAACCCUUAGAAAAGACCCAGCAGAAGAUCUCUAAAAACAAAAUGAAAGCAGGCCUCAGCUCAUGUCAGAACACCAGAGAAAUCUGAGGAAGUCAAAAAAAGAAGAGAAAAAAAAGAAAACACCUUACAAAACCUUCAAAACGAAGGGAGGUCUUUGCAGAUAUUAUGUGGAGCAGAGGGAUCCUAGGCAUGGAGGGAGGCCUUUUUGUCCCCCAUUUCUUGCCGUGGUGCCGAAGCCACGCUGCUCAGGGUGGAUCGGGAGCCGCCGGAAGCGGACGCACGCUUUGCGCGGGGGAGAGCCGGCCGGUCCCCGGCUCGGCGAGGCUGCUCGAAGCCCGCAGCCCCGGAAGCGCAUCCUUGCCUUGACUUGCCUUCCUGUUCCCGGCAGCGCCCAGCUCCGGGCGUCUUUUCGCCAGCCUGCGGUCCGUGACGGCCUUGCCUCAGCCCCGGGCACCGGCGCUGCAGGCCGGCAGCUGGGAGUCCCGCGCCCCUCGGACGGCCGCGAGACUCGGAGAAAUCUUUCUAGGAACAGUGAGAAAGACAGAAGAACCCCGUGGGCUGCCGAGCGCUGCUGCCACCAUGCCCAAGAGAAAGGCAAAAGGAGAUGCUAAAGGUGACAAAGGGAAGGUGAAGGAUGAGCCACAGAGGAGAUCAGCACGGUUGUCUGCUAAACCUGCCCUUCCAAAACCGGAGCCCAGGCCAAAAAAGGCCCCUGCAAAGAAGGGAGAGAAGCUGGCCAAAGGGAGAAAGGGGAAAGCAGAAGUCAGCAAGGAUGGGAACAACCCUGCGAAAAACCGAGAUGCCUCUACAGUCCAGUCACAGAAAGCAGAAGGCACUGGGGAUGCCAAAUGAAGUGUACCUUUUUGAUAGCUCUGUACUUCUAGUGACUCUACUGUUUGAAAUACUAUUUUUAAAUCAAAUUUUAUAAAAAUGUAGAUUUUUUUUUUUAAGUUAUGUUGUUAGCACACGAGAUACUUCAUUGUUGUCUUGUGUGGAAAGGGCAAAUAACCACUGGUAGAAUGUUUCAGAAGCUAGAUUGAAAUGGGGGGAAAUAGAAGUAUCUGUCCUCGUAUUUGAAGAUUAUUUUUGGUUCCCGGAAGAGAUUCUCUAACAUUCACGCAUGUCAGCCACUAUGGCUCAGAAGCCUUACUGUGUGGAGAAAAAAUACUUCAUGUCUUCUCCUUUCUUGAUGUCAUCAGCACAUUCUUGACUUCCUGAAACCAGGAGUCAUGAUAUGGCCUUGACACCCCUAGAAUCAGCUGCAUCAGGUAACAAUACUCAGGCUUUCUGGUGAUGACAUCAAGAUGGUGUUGCUCAGAAGAACCAGGAUUCCUGUUUGUAGUUUGUGGAUCAUCUCAUUAAUAAUCCUGGAGUUUUUAGUUCCUUUCCUCCAUGUCAGAGUUGACCUGUGAAAAUCUCUUCAAUGCCUCAUGUAAAAUAAUCACCCUUUUUGAAAAUUUUUCCUGUUUAUUGCAGCAACAGACUUUGUCUUUGGACUUUUUGGAGAGGGGAGUUUGAAAGUUGUAAGAUGCUAUGGAAUGUCACCCAUGUCCUGCUGGAAAUAACUAUUUUUGGAAAGUCUCUUAUAAAGCUGGAUACAAGUUAGCUUCAUGGUAGGGGAGUGAUCAUUUCCUAAUCAAAAGUCAUAAAGCUACUCUUUACUGCCUUUAAAAAGUUUUAUAGUUUGCUUUUCACAUUUGUCUUUAGUCCUCUCAGAACUGAUUUUUACAAAAACAUGAGAUAGUAAUUCAGUAUGUUUUUUUCCAUAUGGUAAGUGGUUGUUCCAACACCAUUUUCUGAAAAGUUCAUUCUUUCCCCAAUGGUCUAUAACACUGACUCUUUUCAUAAAUCAACUUUCUUUGUGUGGAGGGGUGGGGGAGUCUGUUGAUGGUUUCUGUUCUGACUCACUGGUCAAUUUGUCUAACCUUGUGGCAGUACUGUACAAUCCUGAGUACUACCACUUUAGAAAAAGGUCUUGAUAUCUUAGGACAAUUCCACCUCCACCUUCAACAUCAACAAACUUUUCUUCCUUGGAGUAUCUUGGCUAUUCUUAGCCAAUUACUUUUCUAUACAACUUCUAGAAUUAGAUUGACAAGUUCCAAAUCAAACAGAUGAAAAGUUGAAAUUUUUAUUGGAUUUGUAUUGAAUUUAUAAAUUAAUUAUAAUGUUGAGUCUUCCAAUUCAUGAACAUGGUAUAAUUUUCCAUUAUUUAGGCUUUUAAAAUAUCUUUCAAUAAAGUUUUAUUAUUUUCUCCAUUAAAUGUUUUCUUUUGUUAAUAUUUCUUAGAGACAGUACACGGAUGCUACCUUUAUACAAUAUAUUUUUAGUUACUACAUUUUCUGUUUUCAGCUGAAGUUGAUUCAUCGUCCUUUCUAAAUUCAUUCUUAUAUCUGUAUACUCUUUUGGGCUUUCUACAUAGAUAACCAUACAUUCUUUUUGUUUUGUUUCUUUACAGUCGUUAAGUCUUUCCUUUUUCUAGUUUUAGGCAUUGUUCAAGUGCUGGGAGUACAGCAGUGAACAAAACAAAGUCUCUGCUUUCACCAGGCUGAUAUUCUAGUGGGGGAGGGUGUAGAAAAUACACAAAUUUAUGUGAUGGAGUGCUUUAAAUAAACAAGUGUUCAGUUCA